AUGAGUAACGAAGAAGUGACGCAAACUUACGCACCAGAAAUGAUUGUUAAUGAAAAAGAUAACGAUAAUAAUUUACAAGAGCGUUUCUUAACUGAAAAGAAAGAAGAUACGAAUGUUGAAGAAGAACUCUUAAGUCAUGUAGCUAAGAGCAAAGCAAUAUUUAAAAGUCAACAGAAGGAUGAUCCAGAUUUAACAUUUGAAGAGAAAUUAACAAUUGCCCGUGAUACUUUUAAGAAAAGUCAUUGUUUAUUCUUAUCCAAAUUUGGAUAUUAUUUAAAAGAAGAACACUUAAAGUAUUUUGAUAAGGAUAAAGAUGAAAAUUAUGAAAUUGCUCAUCAUAUUAAUAGAUUACAAAGGUAUUUUAAUAAUUCAACAAGACAGAGAGAUAUUAGAAAUAGACGAUAUCAAGCUUUGAAAACUUUAAUUGACAAAGGAGAAUACUUUAGUGAAACUGAAAUGAUGAAACGAAAUCCACUAUUAUAUGAUCAUUUAGUUGGGCAAUACAUGACUGAAAAGCAAAAACAGAUAAGAGAUAAUAUAGAUACUAAGAAUAUUACUUUUGUAAAUUUGUUAAUGGAAAGUAUUGAUAGAGACAACAUAAAUAAGAAACAGAAAUUACAAGAAGAAGAAGAACAGAAUGUAUUAGAAGAGACUGAAUCAGAUGAAGAAGAAGAAGAAGAAGAGAAUAGUUGUGUUUCAGAACAUGAUGAAGAAGAAACUUUACAAUGGGGAAAGAUGUCUGAAUCAUCCCAGGAACAAUCUCAGAGCAGAUCAAAAGAAAUAACUAAAAGGCUACCUAGUAUAUCACAAACAGAGAAACAAAUACUUAAACAAGAAUUUGUGAGCAAUAUGUAUCAACAUUUUUUAGAUGGAAAAGAUGCAGAUUUUGAUUACAGCACUGUGGACGAUAAUGAAGCAUAUGAUAACAUUGACUUGAGAUCACAAGAUGAAGAAGAUAAAUAUUUUGACUCAGAAUCUCCUGAAACUGUAGUUCCAACUGAAAAUACAAAUGAAAUUGAGGAUGAGGAUGAAUUGGAUGUUUAUAUGAAAUCACUGAAGGAGCAGGUUGCUACAAGUACAUACUCCUCGGAUAAUGUAUCUGAUGAUUAAUUUUAAUCUUUUAUAUGUAUAGUACUGUAAAUACAUCUUUAUAAAUAAAAACCUGUACAAAUUUUAUAAACAAA